UGCCGCGUACACCACCACCGCCUCGCACUUUUCCGCCAUUUGUCCGACUCCACCCGCGGCUUAUCCCUCCUUUUUUUUUUCUUUUUCCCUUGCUCUCCUCCGCUGUUUGCUUCCCCGCCUCGUCUUCUCGGUUUUUUCCGUGCGGUCGAAGCAUCGGUUCCUUAUACCAUACCUUUGCCCCCGUUCUUGAUUCGGUUCUUGCCAACAGCUUUGUAACUUCUCGGGCGCCUCAUUGGAGUUUCUUUGUGAGAUUCGCAAGGGGGAGAGGAGGAGUCCUUUGGUCAAGCCCCUGUUUCUCCAUUUCUGGUUCUCUGUCCGUGCAGAUUUGCUGAGGAAGUAGUUCUUGGGUUCAUCAGGGAGCGAGAGGUGCGGGAUUUGAAGGGGAAGCCGCGGGGCGGCCGGGCCUGGGCGCCGGGGCCCAUGGGGAAGCCGGCGGCAGCCAAGAAGCCGCCGGCGAGCGCGGCGGUCGACGGCGACGAGGAGGUGUUCCUGGAGCUGUCGCGGGAGCUCAAGGAGGAGGGCGGCAGGCUGUUCAACCGGAGGGACUACGAGGGCGCCGCCUUCAAGUACGACAAGGCGGUCCAGCUCCUCCCCAGCGGCGGCCAUGCCGACGCGGCGGCACACCUCCGGACCUGCGUCGCGCAGUGCUACAUGCGGAUGGCCCCCGCCGAGCACCACCGCGCCAUCCACGAGUGCAACCUCGCGCUGGAGGCGGCGCCCAGGUACAGCAGGGCGCUGCUGCGGCGGGCCGCCUGCUUCCAGGCGCUGGACCGGCCGGACCUGGCUUGGGAGGACGUCCGGACCGUGCUUGCCUGGGAGCCGGCUAACCGCGCCGCGCGGGAGAUCUCCGACAAGGUCAGGGCGGCAUUGGAGGAGAAGGGCGUUCUUGUCUUGGAGAAGGAACCCGUGCCGCCGCCGCCGGAGCACAAGGCUGUUAGUGCGAAGGGACAGGGGAAGUUGAAGAAAUCUCAUAAACAGUGUGAUUCUGCUAUUGAGGGGCAGGAGCUGAUUCAUGUCGAAGAUUAUGAGCAAAGUGAGAAAACAGAGCUGAAGAUUAAUGGUCAGGAGAAUGGAGAAAAUCGUGCCGGGAAGGAGCAAUUUGAUUGUAAUGUACCUGUCAAGCAAGAAAUUCGAACCGACCAGCCGGAAGCAAAUGGAGUAGGAAAACAUCAAUAUCAUAUGGACGAUAAGGAAAACAAGGGUUUAGAUAAGGAAGGAAAGAAUGGCAAACCAGGGAAGCACAGUGCAGGAAAGAAAAUUAGGCGUGCUGACGCCAAGAAGCAAAAGCAUUCCGCUAUGGAGCCAGUGCAUCAUGCUGAGGAAAAUCGUCAUGAGCGUUACACGGAGACCAGUGUCCAUGUCAAGGAAGCAAUGAAGGAUCUGAAGCUGGUCUUUGGGGAGGACAUUAGAUGUGCUCAAAUGCCAGCUAACUGCAAUCUGUCACAAUUGAGAGACAUAGUUCAAAACAAGUUUCCAUCGUUGAAAGCGUUGCUUAUUAAAUAUAAGGACAAGGAAGGUGACUUGGUGACGAUCACUUCAUCGGAUGAGCUUAGAUGGGCCUACAGCUUGGCAGAUCUGGAAGGGCCAAUUCGACUGUACAUUGUAGCGGUUGAUCCUGCACAAGAGCUAGGUGUGGAUGUGGUCAGGAGACGCUCUUCAUUUGCCUCAUUAGAGAAAGCUUAUUAUAGCAUGUCGGAGAAUGGGAGCAGUAGGCAUGAUGAUGAUCACAACUGCUCUAUUGAUGACUGGAUGAUACAAUUUGCUCGGCUAUUCAAGAACCAUCUUGGUUUUGAUUCCGACUCGUAUUUGGAUCUCCACGACCUUGGCAUGAGAUUGUACUAUGAAGCUAUGGAAGACACUGUUGCAAGUGAAGAAGCACAGGAAAUAUUUCAAGUUGCAGAGCUAAAAUUCCAGGAAAUGGCAGCAUUGGCUCUGUUCAACUGGGGCAAUGUUCACAUGGCUUCUGCGAGAAAAAGGCCUCCCUUGUCAGACGAUGCUUCAAUGGAAUGUAUACUUGAGCAGGUUAAGGUUGCUUAUGAAUGGGCUUGUGCGGAAUAUGCCAAAGCGGGCGCGAAGUAUGGAGAAGCUGUGAAAACAAAACCAGAUUUUUUUGAAGGUCUUAUUGCACUUGGGCAGCAGCAGUUUGAGCAGGCCAAGCUCUGUUGGUAUUAUGCUCUUGCAUGUAAGAUAGACAUGGGAACUGAGGUUUUGGGAUUAUUUAACCAUGCAGAGGAUAAUAUGGAAAAGGGAAUGGGGAUGUGGGAGGGAAUGGAAAAUACACGCUUGAGGGGGCUCUCAAAACCAAGUAAGGAGAAGAUCAUAUUUGAGAAGAUGGGCAUAGAUGGGUACAUGAAGGAUAUGUCUUCCGAUGAAGCAUUUGAACAGGCUUCUAGUAUCCGAUCGCAUGUAAAUAUUUUGUGGGGCACCAUUCUUUAUGAACGUUCUGUAGUGGAAUUUAUCUUGGGACUUCCUAGUUGGGAGGAGUCUCUAACGGUUGCUAUAGAAAAAUUUAAGACUGGAGGUGCUUCUCCCGCAGACAUCAAUGUGAUGGUAAAAAACCAUUCUGCUAAUGAAACUACUCAAGAAGGACUGAGUUUUAAGGUUGAAGAAAUAGUUCAAGCAUGGAAUGAAAUGUAUGAUGCAAAGAAGUGGAGAAAUGGAGUGCCAUCUUUCCGACUUGAGCCAAUAUUCCGACGUAGAGCUCCAAAGUUGCAUCAUAUGCUGGAGCAUAUACACUAUGCUUGACCCUCUAAUAUAUAUAAGAGGCUCUGGUUUGUCAUCAUGGAGAAGUUAUUUCAUGAUUUUAUCAGGGCACUAGGGUAUCAAGGGAUCUUAUACUCAGUUGUUUUUAUCUGUUACUCCUACAGCUGUUGAACUAAAGGAGCUAACGGUAGUCAGCCACCCCUCAGGUGUUGAUUGAAUGUUUGUUUAUUCUGGGAGCUGUACUGCACUUACUCGUCCCGCCAAAAGAAAAAAAUAUAAGAAAAAGAGGAAAAGAAAAGGAAAUAUUCUCUUCAACUUCAAGCUACAGAUUGGUUGAGAGUAGUGUGUAGGGGUUUCCUCAACUGAAAAGACAAAAAGAAAGUGCUAACAAUGUGGCUUGCGUUUGCUGUUAUAUUUGGUGCUUCACGCAACCUUCUGCUUGAUGCUAUAUUUCCUUUCAAGAGAUACUGUGGAUAUUUUGAUGUUGCACUUCCUCAUAUUUCAGUCAUGGAAGUGCUUCAAGUUGUUAGGUCAUCAUAGGAAAUUUCUGAGGAUACACUAAUUGUAUUUCACUUGUGUAGAAGAUCACCCCAGCUGUGUUUUACACUUUUACUCCAGGUCACACAUGAAGAAAGCUGAAUACAGUUCGUGUAACAUGUAGCUGAAGUAGCAGGCACAGAAUGCUUGUAGUCUAAUUGUGUGAAACAGAUGCUUUUAUUGAAGAAGUUAUCAGAUACUAGUGAUUGUUGGUCAUUCA